ACUCUAGGGGGCAACGUCGCAAUACUUUUAGGAAUAGACGGACUUCACUACCGAACCACAGAGUUUCUAAACCCGACACGGGAAGUAGGAAGAAGCAAUAACUUUGCAGCUGGCUAACGAUCUUUACAGUGGAUGUGUCAAAUAAUUUUUGAUUGACCAAAAAAUAACGUCUCGACAGCUAGCCUGAAUCAUUGGAUCAGCCAUGGGAAAGGGUGGUGGUACAUUUGAGAGGCUUCUUGAUAAAGCAACCAGUCAGCUGCUGCUGGAGACAGACUGGGAGUCCAUCCUGCAGAUCUGUGAUCUCAUUCGUCAAGGAGACACACAGGCGAAGUAUGCCAUCGGAGCCAUUAAGAAGAAGCUGAUGGAUAAGAACCCGCAUGUGGCCCUCUAUGGUCUUGAGGUGUUGGAGUCAGUAGUGAAGAACUGUGGUCAGACGGUCCAUGAUGAGGUGGCCUGUAAAACCACCAUGGAGGAGCUGAAGGAUCUACUGAAGACGGAGCCCAACGUGAGGAAUAAGAUCCUUUACCUGAUCCAGGCCUGGGCCCACGCCUUCCGCAACGAGCCCAAAUACAAGGUGGUUCAGGACACGUACCAGAUCAUGAAGGUGGAGGGUCACGUGUUUCCAGAGUUCAAGGAGAGUGAUGCCAUGUUUGCUGCAGAGAGAGCUCCAGAUUGGGUGGAUGCGGAGGAGUGUCAUCGCUGCCGGGUUCAGUUUGGAGUGAUGACUAGAAAGCACCACUGCAGAGCCUGUGGUCAGAUCUUCUGUGGGAAGUGUUCCUCCAAGUACUCCACCAUCCCCAAGUUUGGCAUCGAGAAGGAAGUGCGUGUGUGUGAGCCCUGCCACGAGCUGCUCAACAACCACCCUUCCCUCUCUCCCCCGCCUAGGAAAGCUGAAGGGGGUAAACCAGUCGGGACAUCCACCUCCGUGGCUCCAGGCCCGGCAGAGCUGCCGCCAGAGUACCUGACCAGCCCCCUGUCCCAGCAGUCUCAGGUAGUGGUCCAGGAAACAGUGCCCCCCAAACGGGAUGAGGCGGCCCUGCAGGAGGAGGAGGAGCUUCAGCUGGCCAUCGCCCUAUCACAGAGCGAGGCUGAGGAGAAGGAGAGGAUGAGACAGAAGAACUCGUACGGGGUCUACCCCAAAGCUGACCCCGCCCCAGUCACCUCCUCAGCCCCCCCCGUCAACUCACUCUACUCCUCUCCUGUGAACUCCUCUGCUCCCUCAGCUGAAGAUGUAGACCCUGAGCUGGCUCGCUACCUGAACAGAACGUACUGGGAGAAGAAACAGGAAGAGGCACGCAAGAGUCCCACCCCCUCUGCCCCUGCCCCCGUACCGUUGGCUACUGAGCCCCUGCCAAUCAGCCAGCCCCAGCCAGUGGAAACUGUUGCACCAGUCCCAGCACAAGUCGUCAUGGCCCCGCCUCCAGUCAACAUAGUGGAGCAGCAGUAUCAGAACGGUGAGUCGGAGGAGAACCACGAUGCGUUCUUGAAGGCUCUGCAGAACGCGGUCACCACCUUCCUGAACCGUAUGAAGAGUAACCACAUGCGUGGUCGCAGCAUCACCAACGACAGCGCCGUGCUCUCCCUCUUCCAGUCCAUCAACACCAUGCAUCCCCAGCUACUGGACAUCCUCAAUCAGCUGGACGAGAAGAGACUGUACUACGAGGGUCUGCAGGACAAGCUGGCCCAGGUGCGUGAUGCGAGAGCCGCCCUGAACGCCCUACGAGACGAGCACAGAGAGAAGCUGCGUCGUGCUGCCGAGGAGGCAGAGCGACAGAGACAGAUCCAGCUGGCCCAGAAACUAGAGAUCAUGAGACAGAAGAAACAGGAGUACCUAGAGAUGCAGCGUCAGCUGGCCAUCCAGCGGCUCCAGGAGCAGGAGAAGGAGAGACAGAUGAGGCUGGAGCAACAGAAACACACCAUCCAGAUGAGAGCCCAGAUGCCUGCCUUCCCCAUGUCCUACCCACAGAUGCAGUCUUUGCCCCCCAACGUGGCAGGAGGGGUGGGGUACGGGCAGCCGGGGGGACCCCCCAGUUACCCAGGCACCUUUAGCCCCUCAGGGUCAGUGGAGGGGUCGCCCAUGCACAACGUCUACAUGAACCAGCCUGGACCAGGACAGUACCAGGCCAUGCCGCCAGACCCCAACAUGUACAUGUACCAGCCUGCAGGAACCAAUGGGCAGCCUGCACCCCCUGGCCAGGCCCCGCCCACCACUAGCCCCGCCUACUCUAACUACCAGGCCACACCCACACAGGGAUACCAGCAGAACGUGGUGUCCCAGGCCCAGUCUCUGCCCCCCAUGUCCCAGCCUCCCCCCACUAACGGUAUGUCCUACGUGGCCUACCCUCCACCCUACACCAUGCAGAAUAUGAUGGCAGCCCUACCUGGGCAGGACCCCAACAUGCCCCCACAACAACCCUACAUGCAGGGCCCAGGACAACAGCCCAUGUACCAACAGAUGGCUCCCCCUGGUGGCCCCCAGCAGCAGGUUCAGCAGCAGCAGCCUCCGCAGGUCCAUCCAGGCAGCGAGGCACAGCUCAUCUCCUUCGACUGAUCCAUCCACCUGGCUAGCUCAGCUUAACGUUACCACCUGCUGCUGGCAGGGUUCAACACACUACACCCCCUCUCUUCUCUUCUGUCUUCACCUCUCCCCUCUUCUCUUCUGUCCUCACCUCUCCCCUCUUCUCUUCUGUCCUCACCUCUCCCCUCUUCUCUUCUCUCCUCACCUCUCUUCUCUUCUGACCUCACCUCUCUUCUCUUCUCUCCUCACCUCUCUUCUCUUCUGACCUCACCUCUCUUCUCUUCUGUCCUCACCUCUCUUCUCCUCCUCUGUGUUCUCCUCUCUCUCUGCUGGGCUUAUGGCCUGGAUUCCCCAACAAACACACGUUUCUUACAAUGUUUCUGUUUUGUUACGGCAAUGUUGUGAAAUGUUAUUGUUAUGUAACAGACAUGUUACCUCUCCUCCUAGCCAUCGUCUCCCCCACCUGACAUGGAGGAUGAGAGGAGUGAGGAAGGGGUUAAGUAGGGUUACUAUGCACCAUGCAUACCCCAGGGUUGUAUUCACUAGGAACCUAGAUGGGGAGGGACUACCUGAACUUAGAAGAAACACUUUCUCUUUUAAUGCAUUUUGCUAGUGUUCUCUCCUCUCUCUCUGAUAAUGUAUGUAGUCUUUCUCUUCUGAAACGAAUACCUGAAGCUCAUCUAGUCAGCAGUAUAAUAAAGGAACAAAUCAAAUAUGAUAGGAAUCAAUGGAAUCUAAGACAAGACCAUAACCAUCCUUUCUCAUAUUUGUAUAAGCUAGUUUGCAUGUUAAAGUCCUUAUUUCCAUGGACAUGGCAGAUGUGUUACAGCAGUAACUCUUCUGGAGUCAUAUUGUGGUGAUUGGACAUGUUUCAUAUGUCUGCUUGGUUGACAGGGGCUGUGAGAGUUAAUGGAGAUGGGGGAUGAGUGAAGAAAGAUGUGGGACGGAGCACAGAAAGCACCAACAGGUUCCAGGGUUCUAGUGAGAGUGUCAGAGGAGGGAGGGAGGAAUGGAUGAAUAGAGGGAGGGAGUAAUGGAUGAAUAGAGGGAGGGAGGGAUGCACUAACCCACCUCUCCUAACCUCCUGAGUUUACGCUCUAGUGUAAUUUUCCACACACACAGAGCUCAUUUUAGAUGGGCCGUCUUAUGUUGGUAAGGCUUGGUAGUGUUUUUCACUAUAGCUUUUUGAGUUGGAGAACGUACCUUUUUAUAAGUUUUUACACUUCUGAUAGUUAUCACCAAUCAGACUGGCUGAGGGGAAGCAGUAUGGGACUACAAUAGAACACUUACAUACAUUGUGGAACUACAAUUCCCAAUAUCCACAGCUCCAGAGACAGAUUACCACCAUCACUCUCAAGGUGUCCUGUGUCACAACUGUUGACAUAAUGGGUUCUCCCAACAACUCCAUUAACCACAAUGCCUUGCAUCACACUCCAGGAGGAACUAGUGUGAAUAUAACUUAAGAUUACAAAUGUAGUUCCAUUGCCAAAUAUUAACUAGCAGUUAUCCAGAGGGGUGCAGUCAGGUCAAUAUGGCGGUUUACACAGGCAGCCCCAUUCUGAUCAAUUAGUGGUAAAAGAUCAGUUAGUGGCAAAACCCCCAGAAUGGGGCUGCCUGUGUAAACACAGCCUAUGAGAGAGUAGAGACCCUCUGACUGUGGGUGUGUCCUAAAUAGCACGCUUUUUCCUAUAUAGUGCACUAGUUUUGACCAGAGCCCUAUAGGUGUGUAUCUGUGGUUGCUGAGAUGUAGACAGGGCUCAGGUGGAGUUAUCUGAUCUGUAGAGGGGGACUCUACAUUAGAUGGGCGUCCAUUUUGUUUCUGGUGCUAGUUUCAGUAAAGUUCGGUUUAAUCACAAAACUAUUUCCUCAGUUCCUCGUUUCCUUUCCUUGGUUCUUCUCCAAUUCUUUUCCCGCUUCCGUCAGAUGUUUUGAGGAGGAGAGGACCUAGGGGAGGGAAUCAGGAAAAAACUUUUGAGGUCCACCCUUUCGGAGUGUCUUUCAGAACCCUGUGGGUCGGGAGUGGAGAGGUGGUGGUAGUCAGUUCUUCAGGGUAUGAACAUGUAUUGUGCAUGUAUGUAACAUACACCCAAUCAGUGACUUCUUCUGUAACCCCUUUGAUGCCAUCUUUGACCUUCUUUACUUCAUCAUUAAUGAUCUCCUGUCUGACUUCUUUAAAGUAAUUUUAAGAUUAUAUUUAAUAAAUAUCUUCUCUUGUC